AUGAAUAGAUUAUCCUAGUUGAGUGGACAAUUUGAUGAAGAAUAGAAAUUGCUUUAGCAGAUAACUGAAUUGGAAAAGUAAUCAUUCAAAAUAUUCUAAUCUUUUAGUUGGUUCAAGAGUCCACGCUUCAAUAAUGUCUUGCGUCCAUACACAGCCAAAUAAGUUGCUGAAGUUAGAGGAUCGAUUGUACCUAAUCAAUAUUCUGAUUUCAUGUCAAGAAAAUUCUAUAAUCUGAUGAUGGAUUUAAAAUAAAGCAAAGGGUAUUUUCUAAUUAUGAUUAUAGUUUCUCUCUUGCAUGUGGAGCAUUAGACACUGUUUAGGUUAUCAACAUGUCUAAAUAUAUGACAUCAAUAUAUGUAUCAGGUUGGCAAUGCUCAUCUUCAGCUUCUACUACUAAUGAUCCAGGUCCUGAUUUUGCUGAUUAUCCAUAUGACACUGUACCUAAGAAAUGUGAUUAAUUAGUUAAAGUAAUUAUAAAAUUGAUGGUAGAUGCAAAGAUUUUAAGACAGACGAUAGUAAUAUGAAAGAAGUUUAAUUACUGCUGAAUAACGAAAAUAAAAAAAACCUUAUGAUUAUCUAGUUCCUGUUAUUUGUGAUGCAGAUGCUGGAUUUGGUGGUACAAGUAGUGUAAUGAAAUUGACAAAAUUAUUUAUUGAAUNUACUACUAAGAUGUAGAUAGAUGGGGUUUCACUUUUUAAAUUUAUGCUUAUUAAUCUAGAUUAAUGGCAUGGGAUAGAUAAUUAUAAUAAUUGUUAAAAAAUAAUUAAUAAAGCAAAGAACCAGUAUUAGUAUUUACUGAAAGAAGUAUUGAAAGUGCAAGAGAACUCUUUUUUAAAUUAUGUUAUAAUGAUGGAAAUAUUAGCUAAAUAGAAUAUGAAAUUUAUGAAGAAUUUUAUUAAUGGUUAAUGAAUCAUUAUCCAUAAUAUUUGAUAGAUUGUGUAAUAUAUGUUAAUACUCCACCAGAAAUAUGUCUAGAAAGAUUGAUAAAAAGAGGAAGAUCAGAAGAAGUAUCUGUGCCACUUGAUUAUUUAAAGAAAUUACACUAAAGACAUGAAGAUUGGUUGUCUCAAAAAUCUAAUAGAUUCUAAACUAUUAAAAUUGAUGCAACUUUAAAUUAUGUAUAAGAUUAGAAAAUAAAAGAGAAUGUGCGUCAACUGUUAGUAUUGGAGAUAUAGAGAUUAUAGAAGUUGCUCAAUUGAAUUGGAAUGUACUUGUGAUUUUAUUAUUAUAAAAU